AUGGAGAGCAAUAAGCAACAUUUUCGUCAUAUUUUAAUUUUUUACUAUAGAAAAGUACGCCAGUGCCAGAACUGGUAUGCAAAAUUUCGAUCCGGCGAUUUUGAUGUCGAAGAUACACCACGUUCUGGAAGGCCAGUUGAAGCUGAUAAAGACACGAUAAAGACAUUAGUUGUUGCAAACCGGCGAAUAACAACACGUGAGAUCGGUGAGAGGUUAAAUUUAUCAAAUUCAACUGUUUAUGACCACUUGAAAGGCCUGGGUUUAACCUCGAGGCUCGAUAUAUGGAUUCCCCAUGUUAUCACGGAGAGAAAUUUGUGUCGUCGCGUUGACGUCUAUGAUUCUUUUCUCAAACGUCACGAAAAUGAUCCAUUUUUGAAGCGCAUCAUUACUGGGAACGAAAAAUGGGUUGUAUAUAACAAUGACAAACGCAAGAGAUCAUGGAGCAAAAAAGAUGAAUCGGCUCAAAGCAUUUCCAAAGCCAAUAUCCAUCAAAAAAAGCUGGACAAACUGAAUGAUGCACUUCAACAGAAAAGGUGUAGUAUUUCUCCAAAAUAA